CUGUCCAAAAGGAGCCACCGUACUUCCGUCUUUCUCAGCGGCUUGUUUUCCUUCUUCCAUUUUGCCGCCUAUCCGUGGGAGGCGUGGCUACCAUCUCUCUCGUCCAAUAGGAGCCGCGGAUGCGAGAAGACCAGCCAAUGGCGGCGGAGCUAGGCUGGUUUCCGUGGCGACGGUGCGGCCUAGCUUCCUGGCUCAAUGGCGGCCUCAGGCGAGAGCUGCUUGACCCUCUGGCGGGGAGAGAACGACGAUUUGGUCCGGCGCUGGCGGAGGGCGACAAAGUCUCCAGGCCCUGGCUGCUCAGUGGCAGAAACAGCUCAGCAAUGCCUACUCGCCUUCACCAAGUUACUGCAGAAAAUCCAAGGGCUUCCAGCUGUCCUUCCAGCUCUUCCACUAGAGCUGACCAUCCUCUACAAUUCCCUUCUCUUCGAUAUCCAUCUGACCAGCAGCUCUGAUGAGGAACUCUUGGCAGGAAUAGACCAUGGACUUAUCAGAGUGCUGGAGGCUUCUUCUGUCCCUGACCACAGCAUUUGCUCAGAGGGACGCUGGAAGAAGCUCCUUCAGGAAGGGGCCUCCAAGGAGCUCCAGGCCGCUCUGCACCGAUUGGCUGCCUUGCAGGCCGCUCUUUGGCUGGCUACAAACCGUCUAGAAGCUGUGGAAGACCUUUUACGCAUCCUGACCAGUUCUAAGGAUCUGAGGCCUUCUCCUUGUCCUGGUCAUCAAAAUGAGCUGCUUUCUCUGCUCCAGACGUGGUGUCCGUACGAUACAGAGGAAAAUAGUCCCCUUGUGGCACAGAGCGUGCGAGACCUGAAAGAGAUUCUGUGGACUUCAGCUGCCUUCUUGCAAGGUAUUCAGCAACUGGAAGCUGGUAACAGUACUGCUGCUCUUGCUUUUUUCAAAGCUGCUGGAACUGGGCUGUCUUCUAAGCGAGUCCUCGCCCAGACAUUCACCUUAAUGGGAUGCUGCAACUUAACGCUGGGCAGACCGCAGGUGGCUAUGCAGCACCUGAGGAGAGCCCUCCAGGUGGACUUCACCUUCCUUCCUGCCUUGCAUCAAGCCGCCUUGUUGUACCGCCAGUUGGGGAUCCUGGAAGCAGAGCUGGAGUCCUUGGCCUUGCUUUAUCAGGCUCUGGAUGGCCCCAUGGAGGUGACCUCUGUGUCUGUGGCUCCACACUUCCUAAUCAGAACAGAGCGCCUCACCCGUUCAGCCCAGCAGACUCCAUUCUUUGCCCAGAAGUGUCCUGCAGGAGUGAAAUACCUCUUGGCACAGAGGUGCCUCCAGGCAGGGAGGACAGGUGAAGCAGCGGAGCAUUACCUGGACCUCUUGGCUAUGCUACAGGAAGGGCCCCUUCCCCAGGUGUGCCAAAAUAAGGGGCCAGCCUUCCCCAGGAUUCCUGAGGUCUUCUUGGAAGCGGCUUCUGCACUGGAGGAGCUGGCUAGGCACGAAGACGCCAUUGUGGUGUGCGAGGAGGUUGUCGCCCGGACAAGUGUGCUGGUACCCAAGAAGCUGCGACUUGGACCAGGCUUGAAUGGUGACGAGGACAUUCUGUGGGCAAAAUCUCCUGGCAUUGUUCAGGAACAAAGACGGGAGAGCCUCUGCUGCAUCCUUUGGCGAGCAGCCGCCCGUGUGAUCCAGGGCUGGGCCUGUGGCAGGUUAGGAGAGACCAAGGAGGCCAUCAACCACUUCAGCAGGUCACUUGACGAUCUCCUGAGAAUCCAUUUCGUGAGUUCAGAUGCUGCCUGCAACAGCAGUGCAGAAGAUGAAUGGGAAAAGCUGAGGCUCUCAGAAAUGAAGACUCUCUCCCAAAUCAGGCAGUUGGCCUUGACUGGACGAGGGGUCCAGUUUCUGGAGCUGGGGAGAGACAAAGAGGCCUUGAUGGAUUUUCAGCACAGCUUGCACGUCUGUCCAGAUAGUCCCAGUGCAAACUGGUACUUUGUGCACACUCUCUGGAAGUUGGGCCGAAGGAAAGAAGCCGCUGCACACUGGCAAAAAUUUGUCCCGAAGUCUGCACCGAUGGACGAAAAGGCAGAAGGAUCCUUCCCGUUGUACCUUCAGUCAUGCGUGAGAAAAAUGACGUUUCCUCAGAUGGAAUCCCUCACCAGGAACUUGGAGGGCUUUCUGGAGGGAAAGAGUCUGGAACCCUAAACAUUGGUGCCAUUUCUCUUCCUGUUUUCUUUUCAGACAACUGGGUUUUCCAGAGUUUUUCUCCUUGGCCAACUUUGAAUACUGGUGGGGUUUGGGGGUGAUUGACUACCAGUUUUGGGAAUUGUAGUGUGCAAUGGCAGAAACCAAAUGUAUAUAAUAAAUAUCAAUAUAAGAAAAUUAUUAUCUUUAAAAAAUA